AUGCCCCCCAUGCGCGACAUGGGCGGCGGCGGUGCUGGUGGGGGUGCGGGGGUGGCGACGGUGGGCGUGGGGAUGGUGGCGGGGCGCCCCAAAACGCCCGCGCGCAUGGACCUGCACGAGGAGGAGCGCGUGCGCCUCGCUGCCGCCGCCGCCGCGGGUGCGCCUGCAGUAAUAGGGGGAGGGGGAGGGGUAGGCGGCGGAGGCGGAGCAGCAGUAGGCGGAUUGGGCGCAGGGGGCGCGGUGCAAGCGCCAGUGACUCCGCGCGUGGUAGAGCGCCCCUCCACGCCCCUCGCGGGGCAGCGCCCCGCCUCGCCGCUGCUGCGCGCGGAUGGUGGCGCGCUCGAGCGCCCCAAGACGCCCACGUGCAGGCAGGAGGCGGAAGGCGGAGCGCACGAGGGUGGGGGGGCGGCAGCGUGGCCAGAGGGAGCGGCGGAGGGGCAGGUGAUGAGCGGCACCCCGCGGCUGAGGGCGGAACGGGGCGGGGAGCGCCCCACGACGCCCACCAGGCGGGGGGAAGUGGCUGUGGUUCCGCGUGGGGAGGGGCGGGUGGGGCGGUUGGAGAGGCCGACGACGCCCCUGCAUGGGGCGGACGGCGGGCUGGCCCCUGCAUUCGCCACACGUGCUGCAGAACGGUUAGAUGUGGAAGCAGAGCGGUUGGGGGCAGCAGAGCGGUUGAAUGUGGAAGGAGAUAGGUUGAAUGUAGACGCAGAGCGGUUGGGGGCAGCAGCGCGGAAACACACAGCAGUGCCGCGCGGAGUGGGCGGCGCAGCACAGGGGCAGGCGGGCAGCCGCGCGGACAGGGCGAGCUUCCGCGGGAAGGUGAGGCCCAAGUCGUUUGUGGAGCGGAACACAGGCGAUGGCGGAGGAUCAGGAAGGGGGGAAGGGGCGUGGCCGGGUGUGGGAGCAGUGCCGCGGCCCACAACGCCUGUGAGGCGAGGCGAUGGGUCCUUGGAACGAGCAGUUGCUCCGGGGGGGAGGGUGGGGGCGAUCGGGGGAAGCGGGGACGUGGGAGGAGGAGGACGGGGGGGUUUGGAGGGGAAUCGGGAGUGA